UGGCGAUUAGAGUCGUGAGUAGAGCUCGGACGGAGAGAGCCGAGUGGAGCCGAGCUGUUUCGGUUACUCGCAGAAAUUCACCCAUGACACGAACAAGAAUAGAAACAUUGCUGUAAAAUGGAGGAUAGCUUCGAUUGCGACUGCGGUGAGCUCGAGCCACCUGAUCACUGAGGGAGCGCUCUUCUGCUGAACUCGGCCGAUCUUCCCGCUUUCAUCAAACAGGCAAAAGGAGCCCGGGUGCUUAGCUUAGCACGAUAGGAUAAUAAAAUUAUGCUGCUGCCCCUCAGGACGAGUCGUACACUGAAGUCAUCAGCACUGUGAUGAUGCUUGUGCUGAUACUCGCGUUCACAAGUUCGUUUCAUUACUGAUUAGCCCCCUGAUUUAUUCCGUUAAAGGCUGUUUAGCUUAUUUGGGGGGGGGGGUAAUUUGAAAGGAAAAUUAGCUGUGUAAAAACGAAAUAGCUUCAAAACGUUCGUCUCGUUUGUGUUGAAUGAUGAUCACAUGUUCUGAUUACAUAUCGCAGCCCUCUCGCUGCUUUGCUGUGAAAAAGCUGUGAGGACUCUUGUACUAAAGGUGCUUUGUCUUAUCUUCAUACAAAGGAAAAUCAGCUGUUUUUUUAUUAGUCCCGCUGUACGUAUUAAAUUUAAGGAGUUUAUAGAAUCCUCUUGCUUAAUUUGACAUUAGAAAUUUUGUUUUAAAUGAAAAAUUAAAUGAUUAAAUUACACAGCAGCCUUGCAUUGUUUUAGGGGUGAAUCAAGGCCACCUGUAUAAAGUAUCGAGGGCAAAGUUGCCACCUAGGAUUCCCUUCAUACAUUGGUUUAAAAAUAAUAAGUAAAAUUAAGUGUUUAAUAAAAUGGCAGAGAAAUUUGAGAGCCUGAUGAACAUCCACGGCUUUGAUCUAGGCCCUCGGUACACAGACCUAAAGCCACUGGGAUUCGGUGGUAACGGACUGGUGUUCUCCGCUGUAGAUCAGGACUGCGACAAACGCGUAGCGGUUAAGAAAAUAGUGCUGACGGACGCUCAGAGCGUCAAGCACGCGCUCCGCGAGAUCAAAAUCAUCCGCCGCCUCGACCACGACAACAUCGUGCGCGUCUUCGAGACGCUGGGGCCGAGCGGCAGACACCUGAGCGAGGACGCCAGCUCACUGACGGAGGUCAACUCUGUCUACAUCGUACAGGAGUACGUGGAGACGGACCUGUGCAACGUUCUGGAGCAGGGCCCGCUCUCCGAGGAACACGCCCGUCUCUUUAUGUACCAGCUGCUGCGCGGCCUGAAGUACAUCCACUCGGCCAACGUGCUGCACCGGGACCUGAAACCCGCCAACCUGUUCGUCAACACCGAAGACCUUGUGCUGAAGAUUGGAGAUUUUGGCCUGGCGCGCAUCAUGGACCCGCACUACUCACACAAGGGUCAUCUGUCGGAGGGCCUGGUCACUAAGUGGUACCGUUCCCCUCGUCUUCUCCUGUCCCCCAAUAACUACACUAAAGCCAUCGACGUGUGGGCGGCCGGCUGCAUCUUCGCAGAGAUGCUCACAGGAAAAACUCUCUUUGCAGGUGCUCACGAGUUAGAGCAGAUGCAGCUGAUCCUGGAGUCGAUCCCUGUGAUCCACGACGAGGACAGACAGGAGCUGCAGAGCGUCAUACCGGUGUUCAUUAAGAACGACAUGUCCAUACCACACACUCCGCUCGCCAAACUGCUGCCGGGAGUCAGCGCCGAGGCUCUGGAUUUCCUGGAGAAGAUUCUGACCUUCAAUCCAAUGGACCGUCUAACGGCCGAGGAGGCUCUGUCUCACCCGUACAUGAGCGACUACUCGUUCCCCCUGGACGAGCCCGUCUCGUCUCACCCGUUCCACAUCGAGGACGAAGUGGACGAUAUUCUGCUGAUGGACGAGAGUCACAGCCACAUCUACAACUGGGACAGGUACCACGAGAGUCAGUUCUCCGAGCCCGAGUGGCAUCUGCAGGGCGCGGUGGAGAUGGAGGAGGUGCAGCGCGACCCUCGCGCCAUGUCCGACAUCACCGACGACGAGGAGGCGCAGCUGGACCCGCGCAAGUACGGCGACGCCGACGGCGAGAAGUUCCUGGACGAGCCGCCCUUCGACUUCGCGCUCGGCCAGCGGCGCGACGAGAGCGGCCAUCACGAAAACAAGUACUGCGAGCUGGAGUGCGGCCACACGUGCAACUACAAGGCCGCGAGCCAAUCCUACCUGGAUAACCUGAUCUGGCGGGAGAGCGAAGUCAACCACUACUACGAGCCCAAGCUCAUCAUCGACCUGUCCAACUGGAAAGAGCAGCAGAGCAAAGAGAGAGGAGACCGCAAGAGCAAGAGCAAGUGUGAGAAGAACGGCCUGGUCAAAGCUCAGCUGGACAAAGAGAAGCACCAGAACCAGCACAGCCAGGGCUUCGACUUCGACUCCUUCAUCGCCGGCACCAUCCAGCUCAGCCUGCAGCCCGAGACCAGAGAGAUCGGCCGUCUGAACGAGCUCAACGAGCUCAACAACUCCGUCUUACAGCUCGGCAAAACGGCCAGUCAGGAGAAAGAUGAGAAAUGCCAGGUGAACCUGGCGCAGCAGUGCCCGUGGGAGAGCUGCGGUAACGAGAGCUGCCUGAUCGACGAGGCCUGCUGGGACGAACAGAAAGACGAGGGAGGUUACGGAGGAGGAUACACCAGCUACCUAGACCGCCUCUUCAGCAAAAAAGAAGAAGAAAACACCCCCGUCACUCCGCUCGAAGCCCCUCCAGACCCCGAGGGCCCGAAAGACGACCCGGCCCCCAGGCUAAACGGCGAGAUCGUGCUCGAGUCGCUGGGCUUCGACGCCAAGAGAUCCCUGCAGGCUCACGUCAAGCGCUCGCCCCAGAUCGCCCACAAAACCUACAGCAGCAUCCUGAAACACCUGAACUGAUGAACUUCACCCGGGUGCGGAGCGAUAACCGGGGAUAUGAUGCAUCACGAUGUUAAAAACACACAAUACCGUCACGAUGGGGGGAAUUUCACAAGCAGGCUACCUAGUUCGGGAGGGUUUGUGCUCCUUCAGGAAUUUCCUUAUGAAUUCUGUGAACGUGCGAGCAGACGGGCGCAAAUGAAAUCGGAUUUAUACUUGAGCUUUUCUCUACAUGUGACUCUCCUGUGUUAGGGGCACAAACGCUGCACAAAACGCUCCCAAAUCCUUCCCUGCUGACGGUAUCAUUUCAAGUAUUUAAUAUCGUGAUGCGUGAUAUGAUCGGUUAUCGGUCGUUCACGCCCGUUCUCCGAGCGAGCGACAGGAGCCGGGCGUGUGCGUAUUCUAUUUUAUUUCUAGGAUUUACGUUAGCGAGUUAUUUUACUUGAAUCAUUUCAGAAUUUUUUUUUACACACGGCUACUUUUUAAUUUUUGUCGUUCCUAGACCGUCGAGUUCGCCAAGAGCUUCAGUGUUCGCGUCUCGGGUUCCGGAAAAAGGAAGAACGAACACGAUAAAUAAAGAAACCUGCAUACCGUUUGCACACAGCGUACUGUAGAUUCAUACGUAGUAGAAAAUGAAAUGAAAUACAAUAAGGAACAGGAUUAAAUUUGGGGUUGGGACGGGGGGGACCGGAGAUAAAACGACGCAGGAGGAAACCAUGCACUAAACCUUUUGUUAUUUUGGCCAGACGCUGGCCUUCAAAACUGACACAUCAAGCUGUACGAUGCUUUGUUUUAUUUUUGUUUGUUUUAUAAUGUAUUGAUUCUGUAUUUAUGCAGGUAUUGAUUUUACCCGACUUUAUUUCAGUGAGGCCCUGCAGUCUGUUCAACAAUCCACUGUUUUUCCACUGUCCCAUGAUUUACAGAGUAUUUUCCCGACCGCAAUUUAAAUCGAAGUUUGUUUGUCGGGGCUUUGUUUACUCACUAAACUACAAUGAUAUUCCCCAUACCUGAAGGAACCCUAUUGUUUUUAAAAACCACAAGGCCCGUGUCGUCCAUAUUUCAUCCUUUUUUUCCCCGGGGUUCUACAUUCGCACCCUAAAUUUCCCCUUGACCUGUCUAAGUUGGUGUGGUUUAAUGAUGAGAGCCACACAGCUCAGUUCCAAGGGUUCGAAUCCCUGAAAGGGCUCUCAAGAAGUCACCAGGCAGUAUCCUGGACUAGUAAUCACUGCCAGGUUGCCACCGUUGGGCCCUUGAGCGAGGCCCUCAACCCUCAAUUGAAUACGGUCAAAGUAUUGCAAGUUGCUUUGGAUAUAAUUAUGGAAGGGAGCCGCUCAGGUGGCGCAGCGGUAAAACACUGUAGCACACCAGAGCUGGGAUCUCGAAUACAUCGUAUCGAAUCUCGGCUCUGCCACCUGGCUGCGUAAACGACGAUCGACUGUCGUUCAUAGGGUUAGGGGCCAGUCGGAUCAUGGGUCCUCAUAACCGGUGCAAUUAACGACCCCUGCUGGCUGAUUGAUGCCGCCUGCACAGGGCUGAGGAACGGCGCUGAUCGGGGUGUGGCUCUCCGUGCACAGUGCUGAUCGGUAUAUUUGAACUUGACUCGUGCAGUCUGUACUGAGCACGUGUCGGAGUUGAGAAGCGUCCUCAGUCAGCGGUGGAGGAUGCAAUCGGGGUAACUGGACACGACUAGAUUAGGGGAGAAAAUGGUGCAGGUCCCAGGCCUGGAUCGAUAGGAGGGUCGGGUCAGGAGGCGCAUUCGGCGUUACAGCCGUCCUCAAUCAUAUAUGAGCAGGUUAAAUAUGUAUGAUCCGCUGUGGUGCCACCUUAAAGGAUUGUUCAUUUAUUUAUCCCUGUAGGUCUCCCUUACAUUAUAUCAAGCCUACAUUUGUAGAUUUUAGUUAAAUCUUUAAAGCGUAUCAAUAUGAGUGGAAUAUAAACACCCACCCAAUAAAUGGGAAUAUAUUUAAUGCCCUAAUUACUUAAAUAAUUAAUAUUUACCCUUCCAUCUAUUUAGGACCCUAAUAAAUAUAUAUUAGUAGUUUUUAAUCUCAGUCUAAAAUGUAGAUUUUUCACCCCCACUUUAAGUAAAUGUGAUUGUUGAAAAUGAAAUAGCAAAGCCUCACUGUGACUCUCUCUUUUGCCCCGCUCUGUUCUUUCUCCCGAGCUGCUGGUGACCCGGGCGUGGGUGCCAGCGGAUCAGACGUCGUAGCCGUAGGUUAUCUAUCGUAUGCGUGUUAUCUACCUCAGAGGUAACAGUAGACCUGUCGAGUGUGUGUGUCGAGCGCCUCACACACUCGCCCGUUUCCCCGCUCGUGUCCCAUCGCACGUCUGUGUUCCUUUCUCUUUUCGGUCGACGUUUUUUUUGCCAUGGUGAAGUGUUAAGAUCACUUAUUUAUUUAGAAACAAGUCGUCGUGAUUAUAUAUUUAUUUUAAUUGCGUUUUCUUCGUGACUCUAAAUGGCGAUCGAGGCAUUGAACUUCCAUCGUGUGUGUGUGUGUGUCUGGACGCUUUUUUUACGCUUCUCAUUUCCAGCGUUGGUUCAGUCAUUAUUAUUUGGAUUAGAUUUUUAAGGUGUAGGUGCUUCUGCAAUUUCUGGAAAUUUUGCUUUACAGGAUCUGAUGCGCCCGAGUCUUAAUGUUUUUCUUUUUUUGAAUAAACGUGCACUUGGAGUCGUGUGCAUGGAAGAAAAACUGUGGAAGGUACAUCGAACUGAAGUUAAUGCUGAAGUAUGUUUUCAUUCUCCUUUGUUUUAACUGUAUGUUUUUAUUUUUGCCCAAACGAGCAUGAUUGGAAUAGGUUACGGUUAUAGCAUGUAGUCGAUCCGGACUUUUUUAUUUUAUCUUUAAGAAUCGAUACUCUGUUGGUUCCUUGUAAAAUAAUAUUAAUAAAAUGGCCAGCAAAAGAA